AUGACAGCAUUCACCGAAGAAGAAUGGACUAAAGCUAUUCAAGAAUUAAUUAGAGUGGUUAAACCAGGUGGAUGGUUAGAAUUAAUGGAAGGUGAUUUAGCAUUUAAUCCUGAAGGUCCAACUGGAAGGAUUUUGAUGGACGCAUCACAAUUACAUAAUUUCUCAUAUAAAGAAAAAUCAGGACCUAUUGGUAGUUGGGCGGGAAGCAUAGGUGAAUUAGCUUGUCAAGAUUUUUGUGGAAUUUUAUAUGCACUUCGACCUAUUCUCACUAUUCAAUUAAAUAAAAAACCUGAAGAAUUUGAUGAAAUGGUGGUGGAAUUUGGAAAAGAAUGUAACGAAAAUAAAACUAAUUUCAGACAUUUCAGAUUUUUCUGUCAGAAAUUAGAUUAA